AUGUGGUCAGCCACUGGUAACCAUGGCAACGGGUGGGCGUACGCCAACGUGGUCCUGUCCAACGCGAGCCCUUUCAGAGUGACCUUCCAGGCCGAGGUGGGCGGGGACAUGUGGACGGACAUCGCUCUGGACGACGUCUCGUACACCGCCGAGUGCACAACCGGGGGUCUGUAUAAAUUUACUCCCCCGACCUGCGCCGUGGACCAGUUCCAGUGCCUGUACUCGUUCCAGUGCAUCCCGGGCAGCUGGUGGUGCGAUGGGGAACCGGACUGCGGAGACCUGUCCGAUGAGGAGCGAUGCCCCUCGGCCAUGCCGGGGACUCUGCCCCCGCAGGGCGGGUGUCCGGGCGGGUUCUUCCGGUGCUCGGACCACCGCUGCCUACCGGCCAUUCUGCGCUGUGACGGAGUUCCCGACUGCCCCGAGGGAGAGGACGAGCACGGCUGCCCUCUGCUGCAGUGUGAACUGGGAGAACUGGUGUGUGAGAGCCCUCCCGGCUGCAUCCCAGCUCAGAGGCGCUGCGACCAGACUCCCGACUGCCUGCCCUUCCUCUCGGACGAGUCCAGCUGCCACGAGUGUCCCCCGGGGUUCUGCCUGGCUCGGGGAUCCUGCGUGGUGGAAAAACGUGGACCCGUUUGCACAGUGUCCCCCGGGGUUCUGCCUGGCUCGGGGAUCCUGCGUGGUGGAAAAACGUGGACCCGUUUGCACGUGACUGAACGCUGUGAGCGCCCCCUACAGGAGCCGAACAGACCACAAGAUCCGGGAGUUCAGCCUCAAACCAUCAAUGUCGUGCGCGUGGCCUGA